AUGGCUAAUAAUCUUAAUCAACAGUCUCACCACCAUCUCAAUCACGAAAAUGAUAGUUGGAAGAAAAAUCUACGGUUGCCCCCCAAAGAUAAUCGACCACAAACAGAAGAUGUAACCAACACAAAGGGUAAUGAAUUCGAGGACUAUUUUCUUAAACGCGAGCUGUUAAUGGGCAUAUUUGAGGCUGGAUUUGAACGUCCAUCACCCAUUCAGGAGGAAUCGAUACCCAUCGCUCUAACCGGUCGGGAUAUUCUCGCGAGGGCCAAAAAUGGUACAGGAAAAACGGCGGCUUUUGUUAUCCCGGCCUUAGAGAAAAUUAAUGUUAAAAAACACAAAAUUCAGGCGUUAUUGCUCGUCCCAACUAGAGAAUUGGCCUUACAAACAUCGCAAGUUUGCAAAACCCUCGGCAAGCACAUGGGAGUUCAAGUCAUGGUAACGACAGGAGGCACGACGUUAAAGGAUGAUAUUUUACGUUUAUCCGAAAUCGUUCAUAUUGUUGUUGGAACACCCGGCCGUAUUUUGGAUUUGGCCGGAAAAGGAGUAGCUGAUUUCAAUGAAUGUCCAACAUUCGUGAUGGAUGAAGCUGACAAGUUGUUAAGCCCAGAAUUUUCUCCGAUCGUUGAACAGUUAUUAACAUAUUUUCCAAAAGAUCGUCAAAUAAUGCUAUAUAGCGCUACAUUUCCCCUGAUCGUGAAAAGUUUCAAGGAUAAAUAUCUUGUAAAGCCGUACGAAAUUAACUUAAUGGAUGAACUUACUCUUCGCGGUGUCACGCAAUAUUACGCAUUUGUUGAAGAACGACAGAAAGUGCAUUGCCUCAAUACUUUAUUUUCCAAGCAAGUAAAUUUGACAUUUUUGCCUCAAUCAACAGCUCCAAAUCAAUCAAUCCAUUAUUUUCUUCAUGCUAAGAUGUUGCAAAGUCAUCGUAAUCGUGUUUUCCAUGACUUCAGAAAUGGCGUAUGUCGUAAUUUGGUGUGUUCUGACCUGCUUACUCGUGGAAUUGAUAUUCAAGCGGUAAAUGUUGUGAUUAAUUUCGAUUUCCCAAAAAAUGCCGAAACGUAUCUUCAUCGUAUCGGUCGUUCUGGCCGUUUCGGUCACCUUGGACUCGCAAUUAACCUUAUUACAUACGAAGAUCGUUUCAAUCUUUAUAAAAUUGAGCAAGAACUUGGAACUGAGAUUCAACCCAUUCCGCCUGUCAUUGACAAGCGAUUAUAUGUUGCACCCAGGCACUAUACGGCAGAAAAAAUUGUCAAAGGAAUCGAGGAUAUAAUGCAAGGAAUUGGAAUUAGUAAAUUCCGUAACAUUAAUACAAACAAUGCAAACAAUAUGAAAGCUGCAUGA